CAAAGUAUUAAAGCAUUUUGCAACGCAAUUCCCCCACGGUAAACGCGUGGUUGCCCAGCAACGAGUGCAACCCGGAAGCCAGCAAGGCCCUCCCUGAUUGGUUCUAAUAGCGCAGAGGUGGGAGGCGGGAGUGGCUCAGUCUGCCAUUUCACGAUUGGUGGCUCGGCGCCCUUUCCUGUCAGCUGAUUGGCGCCGGGGCGGAGGCGGGAAGGACGGACGCCGGAGAGGGCCGCCGUCGCCUGAGGAUUUCUUUUUCCUGUUGAGAAAGUUGAUGAUGAAGCUGAAUCAUGCCAUACAUUGGUGGUUUUUUGAUGUAUACGUUUACUCGUUAAAACGCAGAUGAGGACACAGAGCGAGAGAAAUGCAAGAUAAUACUCACAGAAUAGUAAAGUGAAUGACAUCUCCUUUUCUCCUGAAUAAUUACUGUAUUACUAGUGGAAGAAAAAUGUUAGUUUAAAACAUCUCAUUUCUAAAUUAUAAACCUGAAGUAAACGGGAGGAAAAAGUGGCAAUGUCUUCUGAUGUGUCAGAAUAUACUAUUGGGGGAGUGAAGAUUAUAUUCCCUUGCAAGGCUUACCCUUCACAGCUUGCUAUGAUGAAUGCUAUUGUUAAGGGUUUAAAUAACAGGCAACACUGUUUGUUGGAGAGCCCUACAGGAAGUGGCAAAAGCUUGGCAUUACUUUGUUCUGCAUUAUCAUGGCAGCAGUCUCUGUAUGAGAAAUCACUGCUUACAUCAUCAUGUGAAAAGGAAGACAGAAAGCCAGAGACCUCACCACCAUGUCACUGCACGUGUCAUUCCCAAUCUAAGAGCAACGAGGCUGCAACAAGUGUGAAUCAUGGUGCUUCUUCUAGUUCUUUUAAUAAUUAUGAAACAGGAAGUUCUGUAAAACCUGGAAGCCCGCUAACAAACACAGAAUGUAAGGAAAAUGAAACGCUAGCUUCGAAAUUGUCUGCCAAAAAAAGAUUAUCUCUGUAUGCCAAUGAGAAUGAUGAUUUUCAAGUAGACAGGAAAAGGAUUCGUCCUUUAGAAACUGAGCAGCAGGUUAGAAAACGUCAUUGUUUUGCAAAAGGAGUGCAGCUAGUUGAUGCUUUAGAAGUUUAUCAUCAGAGAAAAAAUGGAGAGCUGAUGGUUCACUCUGAAAAAAGUGUGAAAACCACUACUUUUUGUCCCAAAACAUCUUCUGGCCCUUGCACUGAGUGUUCCUGUUCUUCUGGAAAAGAAACUGAUAAAGACACUAGAAACACAAAGAAGAAAGAAAAUGGAGAUCGGUCAUUUGUUCCCAAAAUAUUUUUUGGAACACGAACACACAAGCAAAUAUCCCAGAUUACCAGAGAGUUGAAGAGAACAGCGUAUUCCAGUGUCCCUAUGACAAUUCUUUCUAGCCGGGAUUAUACCUGUAUUCAUCCAGUGGUGUCUAGCAGUGGUAGUAACAGGAACGAAAUGUGUGUGGAAUUGCUGGAAGGAAAACAUGGCAAGUCCUGUCUUUACUAUCACGGUGUUCAUAAACUCAGUGAACACCAUGCUCUACAGUCUGCACAUAGGAUGUAUCAGGCUUGGGACAUUGAAGAUUUAGUGAGCCUGGGGAAGAAGCUUCGUGCCUGUGCAUAUUUUGCAGCCAGAGAACUCAUGGUGGGCGCAGAUAUUGUAUUUUGUCCUUACAAUUAUCUCCUUGACCCACAGAUACGGGAGAGCAUGGAAAUUAACCUAAAAGGCCAAGUAGUCAUUUUAGACGAAGCCCAUAAUAUUGAGGACUGUGCUCGGGAGUCAGUGAGCUACAGUGUUACAGAAAGUCAACUAAGAGUCGCUCGAGAAGAGCUUGAUUUCAUGGUCAAUAACAACAUCAGACAGAAGGAUCAUGAGCCCCUACGGGCUGUGUGCUGCUCUUUGACCAACUGGUUACAGGAGAGCUAUAGUCAACUAGUAGAAAGAGGGUAUGAAACUUCCUGUAAGGUUUGGAGCGGAAAAGAAAUGCUCACCAUUUUGUACAAAAUGGGAAUAACUGGUAUUACUUUUCCCAUUUUACAGAAACAUCUUGCUACUGUCCUGGAAAAAGAAGAAAAAAUAUCAGUGCUCGGUAAAGAGGAACUUAUUGAGAUACCAGUUGUGAGCCCUGCCACUCAGAUUGUGCUGAAAGGGUUAUUCAUGGUUCUUUUAUGUCUUUUUAAAGAUAAUGGCAGGUAUGCAGAUGACUACAGAGUUGCCCUACAACAAACUUAUGCUUGGAUGAAUGAAAACCAACUUGAUGUUUCAGAUACAAGUGCCUUCUUUACACGGCCCAAGCAUAAAAGGAGUUUGCGGCAGAAAACUGUAGUCCGCAUGCUUAAUUUUUGGUGCUUGAAUCCUGCUGUGGCUUUUUCAGACUUAAGUGAUGUUAGAACAAUUGUUCUCACAUCUGGGACACUCUCUCCAAUGGAUUCGUUUUCUUCAGAGCUUGGUGUGAAGUUUUCUAUUCAGUUGGAGGCAAAUCACAUUAUUCGGAAGUCACAGGUUUGGGUUGGCACCAUUGGAGCAGGCCCUAAUGGUCGGAAGUUGUGUGCCACAUUCCAGCAUACAGAGACCUUUGAGUUCCAAGAUGAGGUGGGAGCACUUCUGCUUUCAGUGUGUCAAACAGUUGGCCAAGGAAUUUUGUGCUUUUUGCCAUCCUAUAAGCUGUUGGACAAAUUGAAAGAUCGCUGGAUGCACACUGGCUUAUGGAGAAACCUGGAGCUGGUUAAGACAGUCAUUUCAGAGCCUCAAGGAGGGGCAAAGAGUGACUUUGAUGAACUGCUGAAAAUAUACUACGAUGCCAUAAAAUGUAAAGGAGAAAAAGAUGGAGCACUCCUUAUAGCUGUAUGCAGAGGAAAAGUUAGUGAAGGCUUGGAUUUCUGUGAUGCGAAUGCCCGUGCAGUUAUAACCAUAGGUAUUCCGUUUGCAAAUGUGAAAGACCUUCAGGUUGAAUUAAAGAGGAAGUACAAUGACCAGCACAAAAGUACAAGAGGCCUUUUACCAGGGAGUCAGUGGUAUGAAAUUCAAGCUUAUAGGGCUCUGAACCAAGCCCUGGGAAGGUGUAUAAGACAUAGGAAUGACUGGGGUGCUCUUAUUUUAGUUGAUGACCGCUUCCGGAAUAACCCUAAUAAGUACAUAACUGGAUUAUCUAAAUGGAUUCGGCAACAAAUCCAGCACCAUGAAAAUUUUGGUAGUGCACUUGAAUCCUUGCAUGCAUUUGCUAUAAGAAACCAGAAAAGCAUUGAUUGUUCAUCAGAGUGCAGCAGUGAAGUUAUCCAUGUACCUUCAAACCCAAAAGACCUGUCACAAGCCUCUCAACAGGAGGCAACUAUUCAUCUUUCAACAGAUGUUCCUGCUAAAAGUGAGGAGAAAAGUUUGGUUCCAGAAGUUAAUUUUACUACAACCGUCAGCUCAGUUAAUCCUACAGCAUCAAAUCAGCAAAGUAACAUCAUGACAACAAUGAAACAAAGUGGCCAGAAAGUUGAUGUCGAGAGUCAUUCUCACCAUGUAACACAAAGAAGAAAACAUAUGGACUCCAAACCCAAAAUGCCAGCAACUAAAAUAGAGAGAGAAAAAAAGAAUGGUUGGACUAAUGCUGAUAUUAUGAAAGAACAUUGCUGCCUUAAACCACCGACUUCAACACCUUUGCCUGUAGCCAAGAACUGCAUGUCCACAGCUAGUAGCAAACAAAAGAAUGUGAAUAGGGCUAGUGAACUUAUUGAUAGUGUAAAUCAAUGCCAGUCAUUAUUAAUUUCAGAACAUAAGCCAAGUGUACGAGAAUCAUGUUUGGAAACAACUAAUUUUUCAGUUAAAAAUACUGAGGCUGCAAUUGCUGAAGAGCAUCCUGAUAAGCUACAGCUUCAAGUUGAGCCCUGCAGUGAGUUUCCUUCAUCAGGAGGGAAAUCUGAACUUUCAGUGUUAAACGUAUCUGCAGAAGCUGAAGAUGAGGAUGAGAGUAUCUACUUCACACCAGAACUCUAUGAUGAUGUAGAAUCAGAGGAACAGAAAAUCAGACCACUGGUUCCAACCUGUAAUACAAAUGAAAAUCGGAUUGAAUGUGGAAACUCCACAGUCGCUGUUGAUCUUUUUGCAGUCAACACCACAGAAACACCAAGUGUGACUAAAAAAAAGAUUGAUGAUGAUGAUGACAGAAGCACAGGCUUACAUGGAAUAAUGCAAAAUGAGGGGAGUAAGAAUAGUGCAGUUAAUAAUGCAGAGAUGACUAGUGAAAUAAAAGCAGAGCAGAUAGCAUCUCAAGAGAUCGACACCAAAAAACGGAAAAUCAAUCUUUCCAGAUCACGAAAUAAAGGAUUGAAAGAUCAGAGACAAUGCAGACGGAGAAAAGCUACAGUUAGGCAAAGUGCCGACACCUGUGAAAGAAAGAAGGAAACACACCACCAGCUUUGCAAGAAAGGACUUUAUUGUAUUGUCUGUGGAGCUGAAAUACUGCCUAAAGCAAAGGGAAUUUUGAGAAAAGCUUGCUACAGUAAUAUUGCACUGAAAAUAAUCUGGAAACUCUUCAGAAAUACUAAUAUAAGAAGUAAAGAACCCAUUAAUAAUUGUAUGUGUGAACUAGAUAACAUUUCAGAAGAUGAUAAUAUGAUGUUGAUCAUCUCAGAUGCUGCAAGUCUCAGUCAUCUUAAAGAAACUUUGAAGGUUUAUCAGAUGCCCAUGAAAAGUGAAGGACCAGUAGGAGUCUCUUGCCCCACUACUUCUUACUCUCCAAAACAGCACUGUGCAUGUUUUGCAGAUAUUUUUUAUGGAAGGCAUUUUUAAGCCAAGAGAAACACCUGAGCUUUUAAAAAGACUAUAACCUGUCUUUCGUUAAAUUGUUAUAUAGACUGUUCAAAGCUGUACUAAAGCUUUGUUAUAAUUGUUUCCUUAUAAGGAAAUUUCCUCCUUGUAAGGGACAUUGAAUACCAUGUUACAAAUCAUGCGUUCUACCUGUUUUGUUCUCUGUUAGCAAUUGGCUGAGGGCAGUUGCUGCAAACGUUGUUUUCUUUUUUGUGUCAAUAAGGUCUUGAUCUUUGCCUAUUGGUCAAUAAUUCUGACUUCAUUUUUUUGUGAUCUUCAUCUCUUAGCAUCUUGCUUCAUUACAUCUUUGUUCAAGAGAGAUUUUGUUUAACAAUGUUUUGUUUAUUGCCACAGUGUAGUGGUUGAGUCUGCAUUGUGCUUUAACUUCCAUACCUUUC